AACUCCCAGAAUGCAUUGCUCGAGGCACGCAGGUUUCCCUUGUAGCUGGGGAUUGUAGUUCUCUCUGGUCUUGUCACUCUGUAAGGCGAGAGUGGUGUGGUUGCUUACCUAGCCGGAGGACAUCAGGCGUAUUCUUCCAGUUUUUGGCAAAGUGGAAACACUUCGGGCCCCUAGGCUGACUGGGUUCUUUGUCUUAUCUUUUGGUUUCUACUUUACACAGGUCACAAACAUGUCGGACAAAAGUGAAUUAAAGGCAGAGUUGGAACGAAAGAAGCAGCGGUUGGCCCAAAUUAGAGAGGAAAAGAAGAGAAAAGAAGAAGAAAGGAAGAAAAAGGAAACUGAUCAGAAGAAGGAAGCAGUUGCGCCUGUGCAAGAAGAAUCAGAUCUUGAAAAAAAAAGAAGAGAAGCUGAAGCAUUGCUUCAAAGCAUGGGGCUAACUCCAGAAUCCCCCAUUGUUUUUUCUGAAUACUGGGUCCCUCCUCCUAUGUCUCCAUCCUCCAAAUCUGUGAGCACACCGAGUGAAGCUGGAAGCCAAGACUCUGGAGAUGGCGCAGUGGGAUCUAGGACGCUGCAUUGGGAUACAGAUCCAUCAGUUCUUCAGCUUCACUCAGAUUCCGAUUUGGGACGAGGACCUAUUAAACUUGGAAUGGCUAAAAUUACACAAGUUGACUUUCCUCCUCGAGAAAUCGUCACAUAUACAAAGGAAACUCAGACUCCAGUUAUGGCUCAACCCAAAGAAGAUGAAGAGGAAGAAGAUGAUGUGGUGACUCCUAAACCACCUAUUGAACCUGAAGAAGAGAAAACUUUAAAGAAAGAUGAAGAAAAUGAUAGUAAAGCUCCCCCUCAUGAGCUGACUGAAGAAGAAAAGCAACAAAUCUUACACUCAGAGGAAUUUUUAAGUUUCUUUGACCAUUCUACAAGAAUUGUAGAAAGAGCCCUUUCUGAGCAGAUUAACAUCUUCUUUGACUACAGUGGAAGAGAUUUGGAAGACAAAGAAGGAGAGAUUCAAGCAGGUGCUAAACUGUCAUUAAAUCGACAAUUUUUUGAUGAACGUUGGUCAAAGCAUCGUGUUGUUAGUUGUUUGGAUUGGUCAUCUCAGUAUCCAGAGCUACUCGUGGCUUCUUAUAAUAACAAUGAAGAUGCUCCUCAUGAACCUGAUGGUGUAGCCCUUGUAUGGAAUAUGAAAUACAAAAAAACUACCCCAGAAUAUGUGUUUCACUGCCAGUCAGCUGUGAUGUCUGCUACGUUUGCAAAAUUUCAUCCAAAUCUGGUUGUUGGUGGUACAUAUUCAGGCCAAAUUGUGCUGUGGGAUAACCGUAGCAAUAAAAGAACUCCAGUGCAGAGAACUCCGCUGUCAGCUGCUGCACACACACAUCCUGUAUAUUGUGUAAAUGUUGUUGGAACACAAAAUGCUCACAAUCUGAUUAGCAUAUCUACUGAUGGAAAAAUUUGUUCAUGGAGUCUGGACAUGCUUUCCCAUCCACAGGAUAGCAUGGAAUUGGUUCAUAAACAGUCAAAGGCAGUAGCUGUGACAUCUAUGUCCUUCCCUAUUGGAGAUGUCAACAACUUUGUUGUUGGGAGUGAAGAAGGUUCGGUGUACACAGCAUGCCGCCAUGGCAGCAAAGCUGGAAUCAGUGAGAUGUUUGAGGGACAUCAAGGACCAAUUACUGGUAUCCAUUGUCAUGCAGCUGUUGGAGCAGUGGACUUCUCACAUCUUUUUGUCACUUCAUCAUUUGACUGGACAGUAAAACUUUGGACAACUAAGAAUAACAAGCCUUUGUAUUCAUUUGAAGAUAAUUCAGACUAUGUUUAUGAUGUUAUGUGGUCACCCACCCACCCAGCCCUGUUUGCUUGUGUGGAUGGCAUGGGGAGGCUGGAUUUGUGGAAUCUCAAUAAUGACACAGAGGUGCCAACUGCCAGCAUUUCUGUGGAGGGGAAUCCUGCUCUUAAUCGUGUAAGAUGGACCCAUUCUGGAAGAGAGAUUGCUGUGGGUGACUCUGAAGGACAGAUUGUCAUAUAUGACGUGGGAGAGCAGAUUGCUGUCCCCAGAAAUGAUGAAUGGGCACGGUUUGGCCGAACACUCGCAGAAAUUAAUGCAAACCGAGCUGAUGCAGAGGAGGAAGCAGCUACCCGAAUACCUGCUUAGCUCCUGAGAGGGGGAUAUUGUAGCCUUAGCGGAUUUGGGGAAGUCUCUAAGUAGAACCUAAGACUAUUUGCAUGUUUCUGUCUAAAUGUUAAUUAAAAGGAAAUUUUGUGGAUUUAACCAUGGAUUUAAUGCAGCAAGUAAAUCUUACAAUGUCCCUUUUUAUAUAACAUGCAUCUUGUUCUGGAUUUGUGUCAUUUUUAAUACAGCUGAUUGACUUUACAGAUUGCAGCCUUUUCUGAAUUCUUAUACACAGGUGUAUAUUUGGUAUUAGUUAUUCUUUUGAAUUCUUUUCAACUUAUAACACUAUAUAAGUUAUUUCUAAAGUACAGAUUAAAUCAGUUCUGCAUAUUUUUAAAUAGUCACAAUUCCCUGUUAUACUGAUACUGUCCUCACUAACCAUAACAUGUGAGAACAUUGUUUAUUCUUAGCCAUAGCAUGCAUACAUCUACCCAAGCUCCAUUCUAAUAUCCUUUUUCUUCUUUAUAAUUCAUGUGAUAACUGUCUAUAAAUAAAAACAAAUAUGCUUUAACUUUUCAGAUUUUCAUUUUGAUUUAGCCUUGCAAUUUUAAUUUUCCCAUCCCUUUUAUAAAGUGUCUUUUUUUCCAUAUCUUUCUUUAAGCUCUUGUUGUAAGCAGCCACCUCAAGUCUCAUGAAGUUUUGUGUCUUAAAUAUGCCAUACAUUUAAUGUAGAUCUCUUGAUGAAUUAUGGACUGAUGUUUAACCUCUCAGUGAAAAAAUGUCUCCUAAGUUAACUUUUGCUUUACUCCCGUAUUUACAUUCCAUCUGAGAUGUAGUUCAUCUAAAGAAUAAACAGAAAGCUGCCUAUUAUUUUCAUUGAUUGAGAUUAUUAUGUAUGUGAGCUCUCUGAGACUGAAACCUCCUGUGAGAGAAAUUGAUUUCAUGGUUGCAAUAGUAGCUAUGAAGGAAAAGUGUUCAAAUGAACUUUAUCAUUGAAUCAACUCCACAUCUUGAGAUCUGUUACCAUACAAACUUGUAUAAGCAAGUCUGAAAGGUGAGUGACAAAUAUCUAAGCAUGAAUGUUGAAAUCAACCUAUUUCAGAAUUAGAGGAAAGCAUUAUGAUCAGAUCUGUAUUUUAUCCACUUUAAAUUGUCCAUUUCCUUGAUCCUAACCUCUUAUCCUUCUAAAGUUUAACUAUUCAACAGAACAUGAACUAGGAAGGAAGAAUAGAUAUCAGAAUCUGAACAUUUUUGUUGUUUUACAAUUCUAACAAAGAUCUGUUGGAAGAUAAAUUUCCAAAUAAUAAAAUUUCUAAACUAUAUGAGUAUUGUGUAAUGUAAAAAUAAUCACCUAGGAAUAUUAGACCCAACUCUAGUUCUAGCUCUGGCACUCAUGAGAAGUGUGAUUUUAGCCAAGUCUUUCCAUCUGUUUGUGCCUCAUUCUUUUCAUCUAGGAAUUAAGUUUGGAUUAGAUGAUUGUUAAAUUUCCUUCCAGCUCUAAAAUUAUUGAUUGUAAUUACUUCAGGCAAUUCUCCGUUUUUAUGUAUUCAGUUUUCACAAAUUAGCACCCCAUAAUUGCCUAUUAUAUAUCAAAGAUAAGUUUUUUAUAUUAGUAGGCAAACAUCUCAAGUUAGUUCAUGGUAGCAAUGUCUAUGAGUCAGAAGUUUGAUUUCAGCGGUCACACUGUCUUU